AUGUACGCAUAUGCAGAAAAAACUUCAGGCCUCUUAGAAAAGAAGGAAAAGGAGUGGAUGCAUAUCGUGUCCGAGGAUUCGAUUCGUAUUAUUAUUAUUCCUAUAUCUUGCCGUACAUCAUCACAAAUAACGUUUUUGAAAGAUUCCCCCAUUCCUCUUGCGGUGGUGGUCUUUCAUAACGUUUCCGAGUCGGUUCCGUUCUUGAUCUCGCGGCUUGUUCAACCCACGCCACCCUUUUACUCUCCACGGGAGGGCAACCUCGAUGGCAAACUGCAACCCCCACCCCCAUACCCCAUCCACUUUUAUUCACAAAUUGACUCCUCAAACCCAAGAUUUUUCACAUACACCUAUAAAAAAAAAAACUAA